AAUCAAUCCAAAUAAAUUCAUUUCAAAUCACAUAUUCACAUAAAGUAAGACCUUGGAUUCAAGAUUCAAGAACGCCAAAAAGUGAUGCUCCAUUUCCAGAUUGUCCUUUAAUAAUUGUUGUUUUUUGUUAUUGUUUCUAACUAUUAAGUUUUAUCAAUACUUUUCUCGAUAAAUAAUAAAAUAUAAAAUGAAUGAUUAAGCCAAAUAAAUUAAUGGCAAAUUAUAAGACAGUAAUUAUUGUGAGUUGAGUUAAUAAUAUUUCUGUGGGUAUUGCAGUAUCCUAGGAGAAAAAGUUCAUUAAAUAAGCUUAACUGCUUGAUAGUUUUAAAUUGUUAUUAAAACUAACAUGGCGAGUCCAUCAGAGAAGACCUCAACAAGAGUUCCAAAAAUGGUUGUUUUUGAUUUAGAUUAUACAUUGUGGCCAUUUUGGGUUGACACUCAUGUGAAUCCCCCUUUUCAUAAAAGUAGUGAUGGGAAAGUGGUAGAUUUUAGAGGAUGUGUAGUUAAACAUUAUCCAGAUACACCAAAAGUCUUGAAAUAUCUUCAGGACAAAAAUAUUGGCAUUAGUGUGGCUUCAAGAACUGGGGAAACUGAUGGAGCUGAGCAACUCAUACAAUUAUUUGGUUGGAAUAAAUAUUUUCAAAACAAACAAAUUUAUCCUGGUACCAAAGACAAACAUAUAAAUAAGAUUAGCAAAAAAUGUAAUAUCAAACUGGAGGAAAUGAUUUUUUUUGAUGAUGAACAACGGAACAUUAAUGAUUUAGAACGUUUAGGAGUAGUGUCAAUAUUAGUAAAAAAUGGGAUGACAAUGCCAGUUUUACUAAAUGGUUUGAAAAGAUUUUCGGAUGUAAGAUCAAAUGCAUGAAUUAUAGAAUUAUUGUUAUAAGUAUUAUAACCAUGCAUUAAAUACUUCAUAGAUUUUUAUAAUGUUUGAAACAGAACUUUUAUUAUUGUGUUUAUACAAUUUUUUUUAAUCAUACUGACAUAUUAUUAUGAUGUAUUGCAUUAUUAAACGUCACCAUUUUAUCUUAAUUUAAUUAUUUAUAAGUAUUUAAUAUCUGAAGCCCGUUUGGUCCUUCCUACAAUAUCCAGCUAGAGGACUCAGCCAAAAUGUCUAAUACCAACUAUAUUCAAAGAUUCCAAUCUAAAGUCCUCAACCUCAACCUAACCCAUCUAAUAAGCUCCAUUUUACAUUUUCAAUAAUACUCUUCAUGCAGGCUUCAAAAUACCCACUGUUACUGAAGUCUGAACUGAUUUUGUUUAAAAUAUUGGAAUUUGGGAGUCCAAUUUUUAUAAUAAUAGGAUAAAUAUUGGUUAUUAAAAGAACAUAGUGGUAUUUUUUAUAUUUAUUAUUAUUAUGUGUUUACAUAAUGUUUUUAAUAAUGUACCUAUUAGAUAUUACGAUUUUCAUUCAUUAACAUUUCAGAAUAUUACUUAAAUACUAUGACUGUGGGUAGAUGCAUUGUUAGAAAGUUGUCAAGGUUUCUAAUUUCAAUACAAUUAUCUUUGGGUUGCUCCUAAAUACUUUCCAAAUACUUGUUUUUUACUCUAAUAUACAUUUUUUGUUUAAUUUUUAACUUUACAUGGUUAUAAAAAAAUUGUGCUUAUGUAUUUUAAAUAAGUUUAAUUGCUGUUGAGUGUUGUGACAAUAUAUCAGAGGCCUUGUAGGUAUUAAAUUUUCAAGAUUUUCAGAAACUAUUUAAAUUGAACAUUUUAAGUUGAAAAUACCUGUCAAGGUGUCAACAUCUCAAACUGAGUCAUAGAAUUUUAUCAAGUAGGUAUGCAAAAUGAUAAAAUACACAUAUGGUGUACAUUUCAAGUAUCUACUGCAAUUCGUUUUUGAAUUAGAAAUCGCUAAAAAAAAAAAA